CUUAUAGACUUCCUGUCAUUGCCCUAAUGCUAGUUAGCAACUUCCUUCAAACUGCACGCAGAGAUAUAAAAGUCAUAUCCACAAGUUCAUCUGAUUUUGACAUUAUCCUUUUAGGAUGUGUGCCAAUUAACUGUCAGUAAACCAACACACACACACACGCACGCACGCACGCACGCACGCACACACACACACACACACCCCGCAGAACACGUAGGCUCAUUCACACAGUGCACAAGUAUAUUUUUCAAGCAUGGAUGACCUGGACCUUUUACUAGAGGAGUUGGCUUUCAACUCAACUGGUCCAGAGUCGGCUCCUCAGAAGAAAGAAAGUGAUACAGCCAACACAUAUGGACAGUGGCAUUUCCUGCAGGUCCCAAAGGUGUGUUCUGUUGGUCUCCAUCCAAGGAAAGGAAAGGAGCCAGAUAGCACCAAUGUAUACAGUGAGUUACCAGCUCCAAUGGAGGCCGGUCUGCUGAGCCCUCGCUCUGCUUCCAGAGAGCUGGACUCCAUAAUGGAUGAAUUGCUGCUUGACCUGGAGAUGGGGCUGCCAGACCCUUCUCCUCCCUCAACCCCACCACCACUUGUGCAGAAGUCAGUCAAAAAGAAACAGAUUGGAGAAAAGAAAGAAAUGGAUGACACACAAGUGAAAGAAGAGAGCACAAACAGCCCAAAGACUUCUGAUCUGGAGCACAAGGUGUCAACACAGAGAAAAACAGACACCAUAGAUGACAUUCUGGGAGGCCUGAGCUCUGAUAUGGAGAAGAUGGGUGUACACACCAUGGCCAAGGGUCACUGUGCUUCUUGUGGAAAGGUCAUUGUGGGAAAGAUGAUCACAGCCCUGGGCCAGGUGUGGCACCCAGAACACUUUGUUUGUGUGGUGUGUACGGCGGAGCUGGGCACCAUUGGCUUCUUUGAGAGGGAGGGGAAGGCCUACUGUGAGAAAGACUACCAGCAUCUCUUUUCACCCCGCUGUAGUUACUGCAAGGGCCCCAUUCUGAAGAACAUCCUGACAGCGAUGGACUGCACCUGGCACCCUGAGCACUUCUUCUGUUCCCACUGUGGGGAGCGCUUUGGGCCUGAAGGUUUUCUGGAGAAGGACGGGAAGCCGUACUGCCACAGAGACUUUUACCAUCUCUUUGCUCCAAAGUGCUCUGGCUGCGGAGAGCCUGUGAAAGAGAACUUCCUGACUGCAGCCAACGGCACCUGGCAUCCCAACUGCUUCGUCUGCUCAGACUGUCUGAAGCCCUUCACCGAUGGUUGUUUCCUGGAGCUGGAUGGUCGUCCCCUGUGCUCUUUGCACUUCCACUCCCGCCAGGGUACACUGUGUGGGGGCUGUGGAGAGCCCAUCUCUGGGUGCUGCAUCUCGGCUAUGGAGCGCAAGUUCCACCCUGAGCACUUUGUGUGUGCUUUUUGUUUGAGGAAACUCAGUCAGGGAGUAUUCAAGGAGCAGGCAGGGAAACCCUACUGCUCAGCCUGCCACACCAAACUGUUUGUGUGAGACUUAUACUGUAAUAAUAUCCAGUUAAUAUGUAAGGUAAUCAAUGAACCUGAAAAAAGUAUGUUGAAAAUCCCACACAAAUAAUCUAGGCAAUAUCUGCAUAGAAAUCUAAAAAUAAACAAUUAAUUUAAUCUCUUUGUGUUCCUUGCUGUUUUGCAUGUGGAUACACACUGUGUACAACACACAAGGAACACUUUCCAUGAAAUAGAAGGCCAGAUGAAUCCAGGUGAAAGUGAUGAUCCCUUAUUGAUGUCACUUCAAUCAGUGUAGAUGAAGGGGAGGAGACAGGCCCCUAGAGUCGAUUGACUCACAUAAUAUAACAUAAUUCAAAAAUCCCUAUCAAAAUCCUUCAGUUUAAACUAGAUAUAUUUUACAUUGGAUGCCUCUCAAUCCACCACAUAUGCAAAUGUCGCACUUCCGCAUCUGCGGUGAAAGGUGGCUGAGCUAGAGCGGUGUUUGUCUGGGAUGAAUAUGUGUGUCCAAACUUUUGACUGGUACAGUAUAUAUAUUUCCUGAGCUUUCUUGUAUAGAACAAACGCUUCAAAAUCAUGUUUCUUAUUAUUUACUGUUUGACUGUAUUUUUUGCCAUUUAUGAAUGUGUUAUUCAAUGUGUUUCUCUGGGCUAUAGUAGUAGGGCCAAAUUAAAUAUUUUAUCAAAUCAUUUUUGUUUUUAAAGGGGUCCUAAAAUUCAAAAUCAAAUAGCCGAAUGAUCCAUGGUAUGACCAUCUUAAAACAAUUCCAUGUCAGCUUAGAACUUGGCUUAGACAUUUAUUAAAGAAGGAUUUACAAGCCUUGAGUUAAUUGAGACAUGGGUUGUGUAUGUGCCAUUCAAAGGGUGAAUGGACAAGACAAAAGAUUUAAGUGCCUUUGAAUGUGGUAUGAUAGGAGGUGCCAGGCGUCUGUGUGUCAAGAGCUGCAACGCUGCUGAGAUUUUCAUUCUCAACAGUUUCCCAUGUGUUUCAAGAAUGGUCCACCACCCAAAGGGCAUUCCGCCAACUCAACACUUUUGUGGAAAGCAUUGGACUCAAAAUGGGCCAGCAUCCCUGUGGAAUGCUUUCGACACCUUGUAGAAUCCAUGCCCUGACGAACUGUAAUGUUCUGAAGGGCAAAAGGGGGUGCAACUCAAAAUCAGGAAGGUGUUCCUAAUGUUUGGUACACUCAGUGUAUAACCACGUAUUUGUGACAAUGAACAGAAGUGUGGGAACAGAGUGAGAUAAAUGGUUUAGAAUAAGCUUACCAAGGAAAAUAGUUACCAUCUGAAUACCUCAUUGACAUCUAGUAACAUAACAAACAACCGAAUAGUGUAAGUACAUCAUAAAAAUAAAAUGUCUAAUGUCUGAAACAUGAAAUUAAAUGAUACAUUUGUGAACUUUG